GGCUAAGUGGGCGGGCGUGUUGGUGUCAGCAUUCCUUGUUGUUGGAGCCGCGGGUUCAGUCUCUACUACGUAAAGAUGUGUUGAGUUGUAUGUUACCUACUGUGCUCCUGCUGUAGUGCUGGUAUUGAGCGGUUUAAAGUGGGUUUCUUGGCUGGUGUCGAGGCGCUGGUGGACGGGCGCAGCUGAGGCUUGUGUCCUGUUUGCUUUAGCCACUUGGAGCUAAGCUGAUGCGAAUGGCGACGGCAGCAACGCAGAGGAGGAGGAGAACCCAGCUGUGUAUCUAUGAAGAGUGACCAGUCCAUGCAUGCACAUACUGAAUUCAGUAGAGGAGGAGGAGAACCCAGCUGUGUAUCUAUGAAGAGUGACCAGUCCAUGCAUGCACAUACUGAAUUCAGUAGAGGAGGAGGAGAACCCAGCUGUGUAUCUAUGAAGAGUGACCAGUCCAUGCUGGCGCAUCCUGAAUUCAGCAGUGGAGGAGGAGAACCCAGCUGUGUAUCUAUGAAGAGUGACCAGUCCAUGCUGGCGCAUCCUGAAUUCAGUAGAGGAGGAGGAGAACCCAGCUGUGUAUCUAUGAAGAGUGACCAGUCCAUGCUGGCGCAUCCUGAAUUCAGCAGUGGAGGAGGAGAACCCAGCUGUGUAUCUAUGAAGAGUGACCAGUCCAUGCUUGCGCAUCCUGAAUUCAGCAGUGGAGGAGGAGAACCCAGCUGUGUAUCUAUGAAGAGUGACCAGUCCAUGCUUGCGCAUCCUGAAUUCAGCAGUGGAGGAGGAGAACCCAGCUGUGUGUCUAUGAAGAGUGACCAGUCCAUGCUUGCGCAUCCUGAAUUCAGCAGUGGAGGAGGAGAACCCAGCUGUCUGGCUAUGAAGAGUGACCAGUCCAUGAAGCAGCUUCCUUUAUUCAGCAGUGGAGCUGUGUCCUGUGACCCAGAGCAGAAAUGCACAGAAGCAGCACAACAUACAAUGGUGAAGGGAACUGGAAUACUCCAGCAGGAUUCUUACAAACCACUGGAUGAUGUCCUGAACAGAGUCUUACAAAGACACAAAACCAACAUGAAGUACAAGUACGAGAGCUUAUUUGAGGGAAUCAAAACAGAAGAGAAUAAAAUCCUCCUGAACAGGAUUUACACACAACUAUACAUCAUAGAGAGAGAGAGUAAAAGAGUGAAUGAAGAACAUGAGGUUCUACAGAUGGAGAAAACACCCUGGAAAUACUUAGAAAGUACUCCAAUCAACUUCACAGAUAUAUUUAAACAUCUACAUCAAGUUUCUAAAGGUGAAAUGCAAGAGCACAUUAGAGCUGUAAUGGCUGAAGAGGUCAGACUCAAAAAAACACAUAAAAGAGAUAAAAGACCAAAUGUGCCAGAGCUCAAAACUGUACUAACUAAAGGCAUUGCGGGUAUUGGCAAGACUGUCUCUGUGCAGAAGUUCAUUCUGGACUGGGCUGAAGGAAAAGCCAAUCAGGAUGUAGAUUUCAUGUUUGUGCUUCCGUUCCGGGAGCUGAACCUGAUUAAAGAUGAUCAAUACAGUCUUCAUGGUCUUCUGUGUGACUUCCAUCCUGAGCUCAAAGAUCUGCACCCAAAGAUUUAUGAUCAGCACAAAGCUGUGUUUAUAUUUGAUGGUGUGGAUGAAAGCAGAAUUCCACUGAACUUUGAAGAGUGUGAGAAAGUAUCUGACAUCACCAUGACAUCAUCAGUGGGUGUGUUGAUGACAAACCUCAUCAAAGGAGAGCUGCUUCCCUCUGCUCUUAUCUGGAUAACCUCCCGACCAGUGGCAGCCGAUCAUAUCCCUCAUCAGUACAUCAACCGUGUGACAGAAAUUCAGGGAUUCAGUGACCCACAGAAGGAGGAGUACUUCAGGAAGAGGAUCAGUGAUGAAGACCAAGCCAAGAGAAUCAUCUCCCACAUUAAGACUGUGAGGAGCCUCCACAUCAUGUGCCACAUUCCAGUCUUCUGCUGGAUCUCAGCCACUGUUCUUCAGAGAAUCAUGAAACAGCAUCAUAUAGAAAUCCCUAAAACUCUGACUGAAAUGUACUCACACUUCCUGAUCACUCAGACCAACAUGAAGAACGAGAAGUAUGAGGAGAAAGAUGAGAGAGACCCAAAGAACCUGCUGGAGUCCAACAGAAACAUUCUUCUGAAACUGGCUGAACUGGCUUUCAAACAGCUGAUGAAGGGCAAUGUGAUGUUCUAUGAAGAGGACCUGAGAGAGAGCAGCAUUGAUGUCACUGAGGCCUCAGUGUAUUCUGGGAUUUUCACUGAGAUCUUUAGGGAGGAAUGUGUGCUUUACCAGAGGAAGGUCUACAGCUUUGUUCAUCUGAGCUUUCAGGAGUUUCUGGCUGCUGUUUAUGUGUUUCACUGCUAUGAGAGCAAGAACAUGAAGACACUGCAGAUACUUAAACCACAGUACAGGGAGUGGUCUGAGAAUGUUCCACUGAAUGAACUGCUAGAAGGAGCAAUAGAUAAAGUUUUAAAGUGUGAAAAUGGCCACCUGGAUCUUUUCCUUCGUUUCCUGUUGGGAACCUCAUUGGAGUCCAGUCAGAAACUUCUACAGGGUCUACUGACACCAACACAGUGCAGCUCAAAAAAACCCACAGAGUACAUCAAGAAAUUAAUCAAAGAAGAUGAUAAACAGUAUCAAAUCUCAACUGAGAGUUCCAUCAAUCUGUUCCUCUGUCUGUCUGAAAUGAAUGACCAAUCUCUCUCCAGAGAGAUUCAGGAGUAUCUAAAAUCAGAGAAACACUCAGAGGUGAAGCUCUCUCCUGGACAGUGUUCAGCAAUAGCCUGCAUGCUUCUGACCUCAGAGGAGGUUCUGGAUGAGCUGGACCUGAAGAAAUACAACACCUCAGAGGAGGGCUAUAGGAGACUCAUCCCAGCUGUGACUGUCUGCAGAAAAGCUAUUCUAGCUGGUUGUAAUCUCACUUUGGACUCCUGUAAAACUCUCUGCACUGCUCUACAAACAGCAGACUGCCACCUGAAAGUUCUGGUCCUUAGUAACAAUGAUCUGCAGGAUAUAAAAGUGGAGCUGCUUGCUGCUGCACUGAAAAGUUCCCACUGUAAACUGGAGACACUCAGACUAUCUGGCUGUGGUCUUUCUACAAACUCCUGUAAAGAAAUAGCAUCAACUCUACAGUCAGUAAACUCCUCCCUGAAAGGACUGGACCUGAGUAACAAUGAGUUGCAGGAUUCAGGAGUGCACCUGCUUUCUGCUGGACUGAAAAGCUCACACUGUAAACUGGAUAUACUCAGACUACAUCUCUGUAAUCUUGGGGAAAGUGCUUGUGAAAAUCUUGGUUCAGCUCUACAGUCAGCAAACACAUGCUUGAAAGAACUGGACAUCACUAACAAUGACUUGCAAGAUUCAGGAGUGGAGAUGCUCUCUGCUGGACUGAAGAGUUCACACUAUUUGGAGAUACUCAGACUGUCUGGUUGUAUGGUUACAGAUGAAGGCUGUUCUUCUCUGGCUUCAGCUCUGAAAUCAAACCCCUCCCACCUGAGAGAACUGGAUCUGAGCUAUAAUCACCCAGGAGAGGCUGGAUUGAAGCUGCUUUCUGAUUUAUUGGAGGAUCCACACUGCACACUGGAGAAACUACAGGUGGAGCAUGGAGGGGACAUCAGGAUGAAACCAGGACUGAAGAAAUAUUCCUGUGAUCUCACUCUGAACCCAAACACAGCACACAGAGAUGUCAUUCUGUCAGAGAAGUAUAGAAAGGCAACACGUGUGAGAGAGAGGCAGCCGCAUCCGGAUCAUCCCGAGAGAUUUAAACGUUGUACACAGGUUCUGUGUACAAAAAGUCUGACAGGGCGCUGUUACUGGGAGGUGGAGUGCAGUGGAUAUGGGGCUGCUAUAGCAGUGACCUACAAAGGGAUUGGCAGGGAAGGGCGCAGUGUUGACUGCUGGUUAGGAUACAAUAAACAGUCCUGGAGCCUGUACUGCUCUGGUAACAGUUACACUGUCUGGCACAAUAAUAAAGAAACUGUGCUACCUGACCCCCCAUGCCCCUCUAACAGAGUAGGAGUGUAUCUGGACUGGCGGUCCGGCACUCUGUCAUUCUACACUGUCUCACCUAACACACACACACUGACCCACCUACACACAUUCAUCACCACAUUCACUGAACCACUCUAUGCUGGAUUCUGGGUUAGUGAUGAAUCCUCAGUGUGUAUAUGUGAGAAAUAAAAAAGACUAUUGAGUUGAGGAGGAAAACCAGGAGCACUUAAAACACCAACAUGACAGUCUCAUCUGUUUUGGGUCUCUUUUGUGUUUUGUUUUAUUUUAUUUUAUUUUAUUUUUUGGUCAAACUUUUUCCACUGUGAUCAGACCAAACAGCAUUGAGAUUGAAAAAGCACACAAAGCUUUGUAACUCUAAACAUACUCUACCACUCUAACAUUAUUUCUCUCUC